GAAUCUGGGCUCCAUGGUCCAAACUCGAAAUUACUGAGGAAAUAUUUUAUUUUUUAUUAUUUUCUUUUAACAGUAUCAGAGAAGACGAUGAAGAAGAACCCAAUGAACAAUACAACAAUAAUAUCAUUUUCCCGCAAAUUCCUCUAUCUGAAUCACAACUUACAGGCUCUUUGCAACUUCACAUUUGUGAAAAAAAGCUGAGAAAUUUGAAUCAUUUCAGGGCCUCUUUUUGCUGUUUUCCAUCCAAAAGAUUUCGUAGAAAAUGGCGAUGAAGCCAUCAAAUAACAUUUGGAUUCGUCGCCAACAGUGCCCAUGUGGAGACUGGAAGUGUUACAUCAAGUAUGAAGGAGAUGAUCAGGUCUCUGUAAGCUCUCAGCAUGUAAAGACUGAAAUGAUACCAUCAUCUUCAUCAUCAUCAGAAGCUGUCUUCACUCCUUAUGUUGGUCAAAUUUUUAAAAGCGAUGAUGAUGCAUUUGAAUACUAUAGCAAUUUUGCUCGAAAGAAUGGAUUUUCAAUCAGAAAGGCACGCUCAACGGAAAGCCAAAGUUUAGGUAUAUAUAGACGAGAUUUUGUUUGUUACCGGUCAGGAUUUAAUCAGCCAAGAAAAAAGGCUAACGUGGAGCAUCCUAGGGAGCGAAAAUCAGUAAGAUGUGGAUGUGAUGCAAAGUUGUAUUUGACAAAGGAAAUUGUUGAUGGGGUUACGCAGUGGUAUGUAUCACAAUUUAGUAAUGUCCAUAAUCAUGAAUUAUUAGAAGAUGACCAAGUGCGACUACUUCCUGCAUACCGGAAAAUACAAGAGGCUGACCAAGAACGCAUUCUUUUGCUCUCAAAAGCUGGGUUUCCUGUGAAUCGAAUAGUAAAGGUGCUGGAGUUGGAAAAGGGUGUCCAACCUGGACACUUGCCCUUCAUAGAGAAAGAUGUCAGGAAUUUUGUUCGAACUUGUAAGAAGACAGUUCAAGAAAAUGAUGCUUUACUCAGUGAGAAGAGAGAGAAUGAUACACUGGAAUUUCUUGAGACCUGCAAGGCUAUGGCAGAGAGGGAUCCAGAUUUUAUUUAUGACUAUACAACAGAUGAAAAUGAGAAAGUCGAAAAUAUUGCAUGGUCAUAUGGCAAUUCUGUUCGGGCAUUUACAGUAUUUGGUGAUGUGGUUUCUUUUGACACCACAUAUCGUUCUAUCACUUAUGGAUUGCUCCUUGGAGUGUGGUUUGGUAUUGAUAGUCAUGGAAAGGCAAUUUUAUUUGGAUGUGUUCUACUACAAGAUGAGAGUUCUCAUUCAUUAUCUUGGGCUUUACAGACAUUUGUUCGAUUUAUGAGAGGAAGACAUCCACAGACUAUUCUAACCGAUAUAGAUUCUGGGCUCAGAGAUGCCAUAGUAAGCGAGUUGCCAAAUACUAAACAUGUUAUAUGUAUAUGGCAUGUUCUCUCCAAAAUAUCCAGUUGGUUUUCUUUGCCUCUUGGUUCAAAGUAUGCAGAUUUUAAAGCAGAGUUUGAUAUGUUGUGUCAUCUGGAGAGCAUAGAAGACUUUGAACAUCAAUGGAAUCUUUUGGUGGCUCGUUUUGGACUUGUUUCAGAUAAGCAUGUAGCAUUAUUGUAUUCAUAUAGAACAUUCUGGCCAUUUUCCUACAUUAGAAGUUACUUUGUGGCUCGUAUGGUGACUGCAGAGUUUUCACAAUCUUUAGAGUCAUUUUUUAAAAGAAUUUUGGGAACACAGACAUGUCUGCAAGCAUUUUUUGAGCAGGUUACUAAUGCUGCAAACUUUGGAAAUCAAACCAGAGAAAGCAUGCAGUAUUCACAUAUCAAAACAUGCAUGCCUAUUGAAGAACAUGCACGAACUGUUCUCACACCUUAUGCGUUCCAUGUUUUACAACAUGAAAUUGUACUGUCCAUGCAAUAUGAAACAACAGAAAUGGCAAGUGGAUCGCAUCUUGUGCGACAUUACAAGAAAAUGGAUGGAGAGUAUCUUGUGAUUUGGAUACCUGAUGAUGAACAAAUUCAUUGUUCCUGUAAGGAAUUUGAACAUUCUGGAAUAUUAUGCAGGCAUUCUCUUCGAGUGCUUUUAGUGAAGAACUACUUUCAACUCCCUGAUAGAUAUUUUCUGCUUCGUUGGCGGCUAGAAAGUUCCUUAGUUCCUUUUGAUGAACACAACUUGCAGGAUAGCAGCGUUGAUUAUGCUCAAGCAUUUCAUGCAUUAGCUUCAAAUCUAUUGACAGAGUCAUUAAUAUCCAAGGAGCGAUUUAGUUUUGUUCAUAGAGAACUUUCGGGGAUUCUUGAGCGUGUUAGAAGUAUGCCAGUAACUGAUGAAUACGCUUUGAAUUUGGCAGCUAACAAUGUCAGUGAAUCCUAGGUUUGUUAAUGCUGUAAAUGGUGGCUAAUAUAAAUGCUGCUAUUGGAGCCUUGUUCAUUCAAAGAUUCUGGGAUUUAUGGUGGAGGGAAAUGGAGUGUUAAAAAGUGCUCAAGACUAUUUAUCAACAUUGAUAAGCUCAGGCGUAAAAUAUUUGCAAACAAGAUGGUGAAGGGAAUUACACUUUUUUGUUUGUCAGUCCCCAAAAUCCAUCCUAGACUGCUGGACAGGUAUCACUAUUGUUAUACUGUAUUUACAUUCAACAUUUACAUGAUGUUGAAAAGGGUGAAAGGUUGGAAGUAGGUACUGGUCAUUAGUAGUGUAAAUUGUAAAAUGCAAAAAUAUUUUAGAUUAAGUUCCGUUGAACAAGUGAACUGGAUACCUCAAAUCUCAAUUGGAAUGUUAUUUAUUCA